AUGCUCCUCUGGUCGUGUCUCUACGUGGUACUUGGCGAUUGUUCCGCAGCCGGCAAGAAGGAACUGAAAGAGGAAAGAAAAAAAAAAAUAAAAACCAGGUGCUCAAAAUUUCACGCGGAUCUUCGAUUCAGCUGGGCCACUUCCGCCCGUUUAUUAGCGAGGUUGCUCCGAACUACCGGAAGGUACGACGAAUUGAGGCGGGGACAGAUUGGUGGAUUGAGACAGCCUCCAGCUGUUGGACUCAAGGUAACACUUUUUCCCCUCCCUCCCUGUAAUCUUUUUUUUUUCUGUUUUACUGCCAUAGACAGAGAAUAA